GUAAAGUGUGACACUCCACCGCCCUUUUUUCUCCGUAAUUUCUAGAACAGACGUCGUGUUACAUUCUGUUCGCUGUUCUGUUUUGGUUUAUUUUUCUAAACUCCUAAUAGUUUUAUUGACCAGUUACAAACAGCUUUACCUUGGAGACAGACUUGUUUUGUUCGUGAAAUGAGGACUUUUCCGACCUCGGCGGUCUGGUGUUUUGGGAUUCUGUUCAUCAGUGCUUCAUUGAUAACGACAGGGUCGUCUGAGGUUCAGGUUGUUGGACUGGCUGACACAGUCGUUGCCUUAGCUGGUGAUGACGUCAUUCUACCAUGUUCCCUGGAACCCAAUGUCAGUGCUGAGGAAAUGACAGUGCAGUGGACAAGAUUGUACCUGAGAACAACAGAAAUCGUCCAUCUUUACCAUGAAGGUCGAGACUCCUAUGUGGAUCAGUUUCCAUCCUACAGGGGAAGGACAUCAAUGUUUCAUGAAGAACUGAAGAACGGCAUCGUCUCCUUAAAACUGAACAGAGUUACUCUCUCUGAUGCUGGAAGCUACAGGUGCUUCAUUCCAACACUGACCAGCCAGGUGAAGGAAACCACCGUUCAACUCAUUGUUGGUGCUGUAUCUCAGCCAUUGAUCUCUAUUGUUGGAAUCAACGGUUUGGGGGUGGUCCUGAAGUGUGAGUCUGGAGGCUGGUUUCCUGAACCUAAGAUGGAGUUUCUGGACAGUUCUGGAACCAUCCUCCCUGCUGAUGGACCUCCAGAGAGACACAUAGACUCAGAGGGCCUCUACACUGUGAGACGGCAUGUCACCGUGGACCAGACUGACACCAACAGGUUCACCUGUAGAGUUCAACAGCCAGAGAUCAAUCACCUGAAGGAGAUAGAGAUUCAUGUCCCAGAUGACGUGUUUCCUAUAUUAACCUCGUCCUGGAAUCCAAUAUCAAUUGUUGUAAUUCUUGCAGCUGUAAUAGUUGGUGUUAUAGCUUCAGCUGGUGUCUACAUGUGGAUAAAACAUACUGAAGACAAAUUGAAAAGGGAAUUGAAGCGUGAUGCCCAGUUUGUGGACAUUCACAAGGUUCACCUCAUUAAGAAUGUUACCACGGUGACUCCCAUAGCAUUUUACUUCAUCCAUUCUGAGAGGUACUCUGAGAUCCAUGCUGCCAGGACCAGAGAGGACCAGAUGAAACUGUUGUACAAGGCCCUAGAAGAAGCAGAAGACACAAGAGAGGACAAGGUGAAAUCAGACUUUUACAGGAUUCUACUGGAUCUGGAACCUGACGUUCUCAUCAACCUGGGUGCCAAAUUUGUGGACGUCCAUAAGGAUCAACUCAUUCAGAUGGUUACCAUGGUGAAGCCCAUCAUGUAUGAGCUGUUUUAUAAGGAGUUGUACUGUAACAUCAGGAUCAAAGAGAUGACCAGACAGGACCAGAUGAGACAGUUGUACAAGGCCCUAGAAGAAGCAGAAGACUCAAGAAUUGUGAAAUUAGACUUUUACAGGAUUCUACUGGAUCGGGAACCUGACCUUGUCAAAAACCUGGAUGGACUGAAAGAAGAACAGAGGGAAGCUGAAGAGACCAUCCAAUCCCUGUCCACCUCUCCAGGAGGUCAACAGGAAACACAGACUCCUUCCCAAAAGUCUGAGAGGAUUGAAGGGAUGGAGAUGAAGUCUUUACCAGGUUCAGGGAGGAAGUCUGUUCCUGAGAUGAAGCCUUUACUGGCUGCUGGACCACAGAAUGAUGAUCUGGAUGAGAUGGAGAGGGGAGGAAGAGUUACUACAGACAAUAACUCUAUGCUAUAGGGUUACUAUAGAGACUAUAACUCUAUGCUAUAGGGUUACUAUAGAGAGACUAUAACUCUAUGCUAUAGGGUUACUAUAGAGAGACUAUAACUAUAUGCUAUAGGGUUACUAUAGAGAGACUAUAACUAUAUGCUAUAGGGUUACUAUAGAGAGACUAUAACUAUAUGCUAUAGGGUUACUAUAGACAAUAACUAUAUGCUAUAGAGAGACUAUAACUUUCUAUAGAGACUUAACCCACCUCACAAAGCUGAGUUUCUGAGUAUAUAACUGAGUGAUAUGAAUCUUGGUAAGACAAAGUCAUCUGAUAAACGUGUUAGUCAGUUCUCUAUAAUCCACUUCCAGUAGUUCUUUACUUUUUGAAGUUUCACUACCAUGUCUGUAUUAUGGGUUUAUAUCCAUUUCCUGGUUAUUCUAUAUAUGUUUUCCCCAUAAACAAUGUCUUUCUGAUCUCCCUCAGGAACUGAUAGAGUUGAAUUGAAUGGAAUGAUGGACUAAUGUCUCCUGUUAGAAUCUGUUACAGACUCUGAUGAUGGAACAAGUGAACAAGACUGAUAAAACCAUUUGUUGAAAUGUUUAUUUCUAUUGUAGCUUCAAUCUGUCAGCUUCUAUUGUAGCUUCAACCUGCCAGCUUCUAUUGUAGCUUCAACCUGUCAGCUUCUAUUGUAGCUUCAACCUGUCAGCUUCUAUUGUAGCUUCAACCUGUCAGCUUCUAUUGUAGCUUCAACCUGUCAGCUUCUAUUGUAGCUUCAACCUGUCAGCUUCUAUUGUAGCUUCAACCUGUCAGCUUCUAUUGUAGCUUCAUGUCAGCUUCUAUUGUAGCUUCAACCUGUCAGCUUCUAUUGUAGCUUCAACCUGUCAGCUUCUAUUGUAGCUUCAACCUGUCAGCUUCUAUUGUAGCUUCAACCUGUCAGCUUCUAUUGUAGCUUCAACCUGUCAGCUUCUAUUGUAGCUUCAACCUGUCAGCUUCUAUCGUAGCUUCAACCUGUCAGCUUCUAUCGUAGCUUCAACCUGUCAGCUUCUAUCGUAGCUUCAACCUGUCAGCUUCUAUCGUAGCUUCGACUUGUCAGCUUCUAUUGUAGCUUCGACCUGUCAGCUUCUAUUGUAGCUUCGACCUGUCAGCUUCUAGAGUAGCUUCGACCUGUCAGCUUCUAGAGUAGCUUCGACCUGUCAGCUUCUAGAGUAGCUUCAACCUGUCAGCUUCUAUUGUAGCUUCAACCUGUCAGCUUCUAUUGUAGCUUCAACCUGUCAGCUUCUAUUGUAGCUUCAACCUGUCAGCUUCUAUUGUAGCUUCAACCUGUCAGCUUCUAUUGUAGCUUCAUGUCAAUGUGCCAGUUUCUUAUUUGACUUUGUGAAGUGUUUAUUUUGCUCUACUUGUUUAGUUUUCACCUUGAUUAUAUACAGAGGGGUCAGAAGUUAUUGACAUCCUUGCUGAAGAUUAAUGAAUAAAAUAAUAGUCAAUAAAUGACUAUAUUAAAUUAAUAAAUUGUAAAUGAUAAUAUUUUAAACUAAUAUAAUUGCUCAGAGAUAUGUUUUUGUAAUGUAUACGUGCAGAAAAGCCAGGCUUUUACGAGAGCAGAAAUCAGUGAAGCAGAUAUCAAAGCACAAGUCAGAAUUGGGGCUAGCAACAGUAGAUGGGCCAGGGUGUACAUACACAUUUCCAGAUAUCAUCAACAGUAAUACAAUCAAUACUGUUUAGAAUGUACUGUUUAGUAACAUCGUACUCAGUUAGCAACAAAUAUCAACUACUAAUUAUCCAUACCAAGAAGGUGCCAUGCCAAUCGCGCAUGUUUCCCGCCAUUCAUUCAUUUUUGUAGAGCACGUCCCCUAUUCUGAUUAUCAGCUGUUGUCAAGCACACAUGGGCGUGAAAAGACGAUUCUCUUCCUCAAUAGUAUGCAGUGAAUUCUACUAGAGAAAAGCCAAAAUUAAUAUGAUAUCCUGGCAUUUAAAACAUACGCAAUAAUCACAAUUUCCCAUACUAUAAAGCAUUAUAUUUUCAUACUCAAAAAGCCUACGCAAGUAUGGUUAUUCAGACUAGCUAUCUAGAGCUACUUGGAACCCUACUAAUCCAUGACUGGUCUAUCGGCAUCACCGCACGAGGAGGCAAAUACAGACUUACCUCGCGACGUCCCCCAAAGGCCCUUCUGCUUGCUUGCUAACCCCGGUCUGCUAACUGCUAGCUUGCUAGCCCCGAUCUGCUAACUGCUAGCUUGUUAGCCCCGGCCUACUAACUGCUAGCUUGUUAGCCCCGGCCUACUAACUGCUAACUGUCUGAAUCACCGUGUCCCCAGCCAGCCCAACCAUUCACUGGACCCAAAUGAUCACUUGGCUACGCAUGCCUCUCUCUAAUAUCAAUAUGCCUCGUCAAUUACUGUCCUGGUUAGUGAUUACUGUCUUAUUUCACUGUAGAGCCUCUAGCCCUGCUCAAUAUGCCUUAACUAACCAUGUUGUUCCACCUCCUACAUAUGCGAUGACAUCACCUGGUUUAAACAUCUCUAGAGACUAUAUCUCUCUCAUCAUUACUCUAUGCCUAGGUUCACCUCCAAUGUACUCACAUCCUACCUUGCCUUUGUCUGUACACUAUGCCUUGAAUCUAUGCUAUUGUGCCCAGAAACCUGCUCCUUUUACUCUCUGUUCCGAACUUGCUUCGGACAGUUUGUAUAGCCUUUAGCCGAACCCUUAAUCCAGGUCCUGCAGUGCCUAGCUCCACUCCCACUCCUCAGGAGCUCUCAUUUGUUGACUUCUGUAACCGUAAAAGCCUUGGUUUCAUGCAUGUUAACAUUAGAAGCCUACUCCCUAAGUUUGUUUUACUCACUGCUUUAGCACACUCUGCCAACCCGGAUGUCUUAGUCGUGUCUGAAUCCUGGCUUAGGAAAAACACCAAAAACCCUGAAAUCUCCAUCCCUAACUAUAACAUUUUCCGCCAAGAUAGAACUGUCAAAGGCGGCGGUGUUGUGAUCUACUGCAAAGAUAGCGUUCUGUCUUACUUUCCAGGUCUGUACCCAAACAAUUCGAGCUUGAAAGAUUGCCACUCCCCCACCUUUGGAAGAUCUGUCUUGCCGAAAAGUUUAUAACCAGAAAGGUUAACAUCAGUAUUCAAAACACUCUUCCUUAACCACGUCUUAGUAAUGACCAACACAUCUGGAUUGGAGCUUGUGAACCCAGACUUUCAAUUGAUACAUUUUAGAUAAUAAGCUUCUAUGAAUAUAGAACCAGUUAGGGGUCAAAAUGAUUGACAGCCCUGAAUCUACAGGAGUGUGAUGAUGUCAUUACUAUGAAUAUAGAACCAGAUACUGACCUUCUGACUAGUUUAUUACUCUUUAGGGGGGUCAAUCAUUUAGAAAAUAAAUACUACUUGUUAAACUAAAUAUUUGAAUCAGAUCAAUCGUAUUAAUAUAAAAUAAUAUAAUUGACACAUGUUGUUGAGCAGAUGAUAGAGCUCAGUAUUUGAAUUAUGUAUUUAUACAGUCAUUAUUAUCUUUAUCAAGGGUGUCUAUAAUUCCAGACCCCACUGUAUAUUAUAUAUUGAUCAUGUAUAUACAGUCAUUAUUAUCUUUAUCAAGGGUGUCUAUAAUUCCAGACCCCACUGUAUAUUAUAUAUUGAUCAUGUGUAUAUACAGUCAUUAUUAUCUUUAUCAAGGGUGUCUAUAAUUCCAGACCAACUGUAUAUUAUAUAUUGAUCAUGUAUAUACAGUUGAAUGGUAUUUUCCAUGUAUUGAUGAUUUCUUGUUGUAAUAAACUAUGACAUCAUUGUCUCAGAACGUGA